ACAGGCACAGCGCCAUGCUGAUCAGUACCCAGGCCCCACGUUCUUCAUUCGACCUCUGAACCAGAAGCGAGGAUACAGCUCAACACACAUAAAUAAUCAGGACUCGUGCAUCAUGUCAGGGAUCAACAACAAUAAGGACAAGGAAUCACUGCCAGAGAUUCCAAUACCUGUACUAAAUGACCCAAAGCCAGCACCUGACAGAGAUCAAGUCGUGUCUGCAUUUAAGACAUUGGAACCAACACGCGAUUUUUCGACCAUGAAAAAGUCACCUUGUGCAAAGGAAUCUUUUAUCGAUGGCGCGGCGCUAGGUUUGGGUGUAGGAUUACUGAAGGCGAUGCGGUCUGGAGUCGGGCGAUCAGCAGCCAAUUGGGGAUUCGGUGCUUUUGUCUUGAUGACCGUCGGAACAUGGUAAACCCCUAUGGACCUGGUCAUAAUGCAAUUUAAGCAACAUAUUAAGGCCCUGACAUCUGAUCAUAACGUUUGGGACCAUGUAGGGAAUACUGUCAUUUCAAGAUUCGCCAGAAGCGCCAGAUUAUGGCCUCAGGACAAAUGCCGGUUGUGAGCACGAUUGACUUGGAUGCAGCAAAGAGACGUGAGGCCAUUGCAGCGCGGCAAAGGGACGUAUGAGCGAGUGGAGAGAGUGGUGCAUCACUUGAUAUGUUGCAGUUGCAUAAAGCAGCACGAAGUUGCUCAGUCGAUUGUGUAAUAAAUCAUUUCAGCGAACAUGACGAGACUCAGUG